CUCGAAGUCCAAUACAGAACGGAUAUGGAAUCAAGGGUUUGUUCAACCUGUCCGCUUCAUUUGCAUAGAGUAGGGAUAGAUACGAACUAGGAAAACGACGACGAGGACGACGACCACCGCCACUCGAACCGCCAUAUUACUCGCCGUUCCGGCAACUGUAUCCGCCGCCACCGCCAUCUCCACCACUGCCCUUUCAGUGUGUUUGUGAUUGCAGGGUUUGUAACAUCUGAUGUGCUAAGUACUUUCCAUUUGUUGCUGUUGAUAUCUUUGGGCUAAAAUGGAUUUGGGAUCCUCCAAUUCUUCAACUCCACAACCCAUUACAACUCCAGAUGCACAAUCUGCAAUUACUGCAGAUUCUGGACCAGAUAAUUCUGCACAUGAUGCACCAUCUCGGCUGUCGACUUCUGGUAUAUCUACAUGGGCCAAAAAUUUGAAAAUUCCCCAGUCACGGGGGGGCACACAAGAUGAAUUACCAUCAGGAACUUCUGGAAAAUCAACCUUUGCUCGUUUCACUAGUGGGUUAGGAUUGCGCUUAUCUCCGAAAUCUUCUCCGCCAGAAAAUACUUCUGAUGAAGCUUCACCUACAGCACAACCUGGUUUUAUUGGUAAUCUGACUAAGGGUUUAGUUGACUCAUCUAAGAAUGCCGUGAAGGCAGUGCAAGUCAAGGCUCGGCAUGUUGUCUCUCAGAACAAGCGAAGAUACCAGGAAGGAGGCUUUGAUCUAGAUAUGACAUACAUCACAGAGAAUAUAAUUGCUAUGGGUUUCCCUGCUGGUGAUAUGAGCUCUGGGUUUUUUGGAUAUGUUGAGGGUUUCUACCGAAAUCACAUGGAAGAAGUGAUCAAGUUCUUCGAAACCCAUCACAAGGGUAAAUAUAAAGUGUACAACCUUUGUUCUGAGAGGCUGUAUGAUGCAUCACUAUUUGAAGGAAAGGUGGCUAGUUUCCCCUUUGAUGACCAUAAUUGCCCUCCUAUUCAACUCAUAACGUUGUUUUGUCAAAGUGCAUACUCAUGGUUGAAGGAAGAUAUUGAAAAUGUUGUGGUUGUGCAUUGUAAGGCUGGAAUGGCCAGGACAGGGCUCAUGAUUUCUAGCCUCCUCUUAUAUUUGAAGUUCUUUCCCACAGCUGAGGAGUCCAUUGAUUACUACAACCAGAAAAGAUGUAUUGAUGGGAAAGGGCUAGUUCUCCCAAGUCAGAUUAGAUAUGUCAAAUAUUUUGAACGAGUCCUAACCUACUUUGGUGGAGAAAUACCUUCAGGACGAAGAUGCAUGCUCAGGGGUUUUCGACUUCACCGGUGCCCUUACUGGAUUAGGCCCUCCAUUACCGUCUCUGAUCAUAAUGGUGCUAUUUUCACCACAAAGAAGCAUCCAAGAACAAAGGAUCUCUCGCCGGAAGACUUUUGGUUUAGUGCCCCAAAGAAAGGGAUCAUGGUUUUUGCUUUGCCUGGUGAACCUGGUUUGACAGAGUUGGCUGGUGACUUCAAAGUUCAUUUUCAUGACCGACAAGGAGAUUUUUACUGUUGGUUAAACACAACAAUGAUCGAGAAUAGAAAAUUUCUGACCACAAGUGAUCUUGAUGGGUUUGACAAGAGGAAACUGCCAUCUCCUGGAUUUCAAGUGGAAGUUGUGCUUGUGGACCACAGUGCAACGGUUCCCACAAGGCCCCAAACAGAGCCUGCUACUGAUACAUCUGUUGAAAGUUCAGGCACCACUCCUGUGCCAGUUGCUGGAGAUACUCCCACUAAGAACCCAAACAGAGACUCGGGAAGCAAUGAGAAGGAUGACGUAUUCUCAGACAGUGAAGCCGAGGAAACAGGGUCUUCAAAAAGCCGGCAAUCUGCAGCUGCAUCUGACACUGGAGGAACUUACGAUGCAAAGGCAUCCAAUUCAGACUCUACUAAUGCAACCCAAGUAGCAAGUUUGAGUCGCCAAACCGAGCAAGUCUCUCUGGGGCAGACGAACUCCAUGCAGAGCCAUCCUAUAAGUGAGCCAAAAAAUGAUGCAACCGCAGGAGCUGUGCCGGGACUUGCAGCCCCUAACCCAGAAGGGGAGGUAAGCGAUUUCAAGGCAAUGGCCGCUGAUGCUUCUGUUUUCACAUUUGGAGAUGAAGACGACUACGAUAGCGAGUGAACCGAGGGCUUGAACAAAUAGCUUGGAAGUAAGAUGUGUAUAUAAAUGGUCUGUAAGCAGUCUUAGUGCCCCCACUUCUAUAUUGACAUCUUCAUUCCAUUCAUUCUAUUCUGAAAUGUGGCAAAUCUUGUUUGGGCCUUCUUGUUAAUGUGAAUCAGUGUGCAGGUGGAGUUCAAAACUAUGACUUCAUAAACUCGUAGCAGUGUUGAAUUAUUCAACCAUAUUUUUUUUUUUAUCAGUUCCAAGUUGUCCAAGGAAUAAAUUAAAUUGUAGUUUACUAGACUUACCAACUUCCUCCUGGCUGUAAACACUCUCUGGUUCUGCCUGUAGUGCGUAUUUUUUAGUGGUUGUCAAUGCACUGCCCAUUACUCA